GGCUCCCUCGGCGUGCCCGCGCCCGCUCCGAAUUCAAGCUGGUCCCGCCGGGGGCUAAGCUCAGAGCCCGCGGAACUUCCCAGCCCGGCGUCGGCGACGAGGAGCGACCCGCAAUAAAACAGCACGCCGGGCUGUGCCUGCUUGCUCGCUUGCUUGCAGCGGAUGCCUACUACUCGCGACAGGCAGCAGCCAGCCAAACUGAGUCUGUGGAAUCGGUUGCCAGGGUCGGCGAGCAGCGGCUCCCGGAAGUCCUUUGCCGCUUUGGUAACAAUGGAGCGACGGGACCACUACGGCGCUCCUUCCGGUUUCGAUCCCGCUCGCCGCGCUCUCCUUUACCGAGUUUGCCUUUGACCCCGGAAGUGAGGUCUUCCGCCUUCCUCCCUCCCCCAAGAUGGCAACAGCUGAAGACGAGUUACUGCUGCCGCGGCUCCCCGAGCUGUUCGAAACCAGCAAACAGCUUCUAGACGAAGUGGAAGUAGCGACUGAACCCAGCGGUUCCCGAGUGAUCCAGGAAAAGGUGGUCAAGGGACUAGACCUCCUUAAGAAGGCUGCCGAAAUGUUAUCGCAGCUCGAAUUGUUCAGCCGAAAUGAAGAUUUGGAAGAGAUUGCUUCCACCGACCUGAAGUACCUGAUGGUGCCAGCAUUUCAAGGAGCGCUCACCAUGAAACAAGUCAACCCCAGCAAGCGUCUAGAUCAUUUGCAGUGGGCUCGAGAACACUUUUUAAACUACUUGAUUCAGUGCCAGUACUAUCAUGUGGCAGAGUUUGAGCUGCCCAAAGCCAAGGACAACUCAACUGAUAACACUGCUAGUUCCUCCAUGGCCUAUCCUAGCCUCGCUGAUAUGGCAUCUCAAAGACAGGCUAAAAUAGAGAGAUACAAGCAGAAGAAGGAAUUGGAGCAUAGGUUGUCUGCACUGAAAUCUGCUGUGGAAGGUGGUCAAGCAGAUGAUGAGCGUGUUCGUGAAUAUUACCUCCUUCACCUUCGAAGGUGGAUUGGUAUCAGCUUGGAAGAGAUUGAGAGCAUUGACCAGGAGAUGAAGAUCCUGAGAGAAAAAGACUCCUCAACAGAGGCAUCAACUUCUCAUUCACCUCGUCAGGACAGGCCUCCAAUGAAACCCUUCGUACUCACUCGGAAUGUGGCCCAAGCCAAAGUAUUUGGAGCUGGUUAUCCAAGUCUGGCAUCUAUGACGGUGAAUGACUGGUACGAUCAGCAUCGGAAAUACGGAGCAUUACCAGAUCAGGGCAUAGCCAAGACACCACCAGGUAUGAAGGGGUAGGAGGAAAGUAGUUAUA